GCUUCAGUUUAGUAAAUAAUUAUACCACUAUUUUUACCCACCUUCCUGUAUGAACCGCCUAGAAUAGCCUUGUUUUCCCUAAACCAAACCAAGCUAUCUACCCUUGGAGAUCAGCAGUCCCAUAUUCAGCCUCCCUUGCGAUAAUUACCACGGGGAAGCCAUGGUCGAGUUAGAACCGGUGUUUGCUACCUCAUUCCCACGAUUUCCAGACCUUCCAGCAGAGUUGAGACAUAUUAUAUGGCGCUUUGCUCUGCCACGCCGAGUCUUUGAAAUCCGGAACGAAACCGUCUCCAUCAGGCGGGACGGCGAGGCCAACGUUACCAAAGAGUUAGACCACGAUUCUUGGCGGAUUCGCGGCUCAGACUUGGUAGCCGUGAUAUUAGCUCCGCCAGCGUUGCUUUCAGUAAAUCGUGAAGCACGGCGAUUCGCUUCGCGGUCUGGGUCAUGGAAGUUCGUUGGUAGUCGUCCUCGUGGCGUCUGCUACGUGAUUAAGCAGAUGACGUGGUUUGAUCCUUCUACCGAUACGCUCUGCUUCGAUGAUUCCGUUUUUCAACAUGUUCAGGGUCACGUUACGGAACAGAACGGCCUCGUUAUGGAACAUGUCAACAAUCCCGCCGUCACCAGGUUUUACUUCGCCAGCUCUCCCGCAAGUCCCGUCUGCGUGAGCCUCGCAGCUCUAUCGGGUGCUUCGGGGAAGUUCUUCGUAGAGCAAUGGAAACAUAAGCGGGGUUUCUGGUCCGGCGUACCGCAGUAUCUGUUCUACCACGACAGCAUACUGAUGCACCUUGGUAGAUCUCCCAAGGUGCAAGCGAUCUUUGGAAAGGGUGCUGAUAGAUGUCAUACCCUUCUUGUUAAUGCUAACGAUCGUGGGAAACUGCGGCAGCUAAAAGAGCUAUACGUUGAGGAGUCGGAUCCGCCAUACUUCCAGCGGAGAGUUGCAGAUUGGCUUGAAUACAUUACGGAACUGGGUGAGAAGUAUAUUAAGCAGUCUUAUGACGAUCUAAAAAACCUUUGGCUCAGAGCUCAAGACGACAUUCCAUCCUCAGCUCUAGUCAUCUCGCCGAAUCAGAUGAACGUCCAGACGAAAUCAGUAAUCGACCCCGGAGCUGUUAUUCACGCCGUGCAGCAAUUCGACCAUGGCCACUCCCGGUGCCGUGAAAUCAUCAAGGCUAUGCCGCGCAUGGAGCUCGUGGUUCACUUUCGGCUGUGUAUCUCCAACCAUGAUAAACAAUGUCACAAAAAGCCCAAGUCCCUCGGAAACGGAGAGCCGCUGGGAAUAGAUGUCAACUCGCACCUUGAGCAACCGUAGUUCCAAAGUUUUAAUAUAAGAUUGUAUAUUAUUCUA